AUGUUUCCUUCGAUUGGUCCAGCUCCUCUGCUACGACCAGUGAGAAGAUCACCAAACACUAUGAGCCGGAUGAACUGCAAGCGACUGGUGGAUGGCAGCUGUGGCCCACCUGCCAGGCGUCAUGAAGUGGGGAUGUACAGCAUCCCGUGCAGCACUGGGCAGGGGCAGAUGCAGCAGCAGCGCAGACUGCAGGAUAAUCGCCCUGCUCCCAGCAAAUCUCCAUCCCCGCAGUCAGGGAUGGGAAUGCAGAAGACAGGAUCGCCAGUUCCCACCUCACACAGGACACCGACAGUGGUACAGCCUGCCAGGAAGCGACGAGCCGUCUCCUUCCCUCCAGGGUCAGCAGAAGCUACCAAACUGGUGUUACAGAAAAGGAGGCAGCUGACAGCAAAAGGUGUUGGAACUGCUGAAGCCUGGAGAGUGAUGAUGUCUCUCAAGGCUGGGCUGCUCUCUGAAAGCACGUGGGCCUUAGAUACCAUAACCAUCCUGCUCCGUGAUGACAGCAGCAUCGCGUCCUUUGACCUCAGGCAGGUGGGUGCGGAUGCUCUGCACUGACUGCUCACUGACCCACAGAUUUGCAUGUUGGUGGUGCUCA